AUGACGGUCUCCACAAACACUGACAUAGAUUAUGGCAUCAUCUUUGGUCCCGUUAAUGUAGAGUCAUCGGCCUUGAAUCCAACUUCUCUGAUAGGAUUGAUGACAAGAGAUGGCAGAACUGAAAAGGAUGACACAAAUUUAUCGCUGGAUCCAUUUGAAAUGUCAAAAAGGACACACGCCUUGGAAUGGCUCAUUUGUAUACCCCCGGCGCGAAAUGAAGAGGAACAAAACAUGGAAGCUUACAGUAAGGGCGGGAAAAUGUAUUAUAGAACACUUAGAAUCAUUAAAGCCGGGGAGCCGUUGUUUGUGUGGUACAGCAAAGACUUCUGUCAGACGUUACAGAUACAGAUCAUUAAAAGACAUAGCGACCAAGAUAGGGAACAGUUGGUUUGCAACUUCUGUGGUGAAGUUUUUCAACAAGAAUUUCCAAUGAUGGCCCAUCAACGCUUUAAAUGUGAAGAAAUGGCGAACUCGAACUUCAAGGAAACGGAGAAAAAGAUCAAAACGGAGUUAAAAUUACUAAAGUCAAAGCUGCACGAAAUCAUCAAAGAGAUAAAUUUAGAGAAAAAUGCUACAUCUACGAAAAACUUUGCAAAAUCAUUAAAACGCGAUUAUGAAUGUGUAGAAAUAAUGCAGGCUAAUACCUCGGACUAUGUUCGAAGACUUUCCAGUGAGGCAGGUUUGAACACUUACUCAGAUACUAGCGCAUUCAGAAAAGUUGAAAAUGAGAACAGAAGUCUUCACACACCCCACUCAACCUCUCCUAAUGUCUCCAGUAAACGAUAUAAAGUGAAUGAACCAUCAUCAGACUUAGAUUUAAGUCUUUAUGGCUUGAACUUUUCGUGUGUACAAACUUCACCCCAUAUUUCUGUAUUGCCAAAGGUCGGUCCAAGUAACACUGUUCAACUUCCGCAUCCUCCGAUGCAGCAAGUCUCACAGAACGGGUCUGUAAAAGCCAGUAUGAUCUUAUCGCUCUCAGAUCAAUGGAAGCACUACUUUAUGUCUGAGAGACUCAAUGCUGGUAUCCCAUACAUGAAGAGUUCUAAUCCUAUGGUGGAAAAAAUCUUACAAAACACAUCACCAGUGGCUGUUAAGUCUCCUGUCAACGCUAUGGUAUUGUCUCAGAACUGGUGUGCUAAGUGUAAUACUUCUUUCCGCAUGACAAGUGAUCUCGUGUAUCACAUGAGAUCUCAUCAUAAACGAGAAUUCGAUCCUGUGAAGAAGAAACGCGAUGACAAACUGAGAUGCAACAUAUGUCAGGAAACAUUUCGAGAGAGACACCAUCUCACUCGUCACAUGACGUCACAUGUCUAAACGCAUGUAGAUCAGUCUCAUAUAUUAUAUUUUAACAGCGUCCCGUUCUGAUUGAAUAAACAUAGUAUUUAUAAUUAUAUAACAGUGCUUCGUUUUAAUAAAUAUCCAUAUAUUCAUUACAACUUUGUUCUUCACAAAAUAUCCACAUACAUUGACGGUCGCCUGAGAAUAACUUUUCCCUGACC